AUGCCGGACUGUGCUCUCCAAGGCAUGUGCUUGCUGUCGUACAUUUACCACGUCGUACAUAUCACGACGGGCACCGGACAGCCCCAUCGGGCCAGCGGAAGAAAAUGGCAUGUCGCUUUCCAGCUGACCUUGCUAGAUUCUGCAUGUGGGAUCAUACUGCCUUUCCUUCUGGUCUGCUCUUGCAGGAGCUCUGUGGAGGUCAGUGCUCGGUUCUCAAAACGGAUCCAGGCAAAAAUCAAGGACCUUCUGCAACAGAUGGAGGAAGGGCUGAAGACAGCAGAUCCACAUGAUUGCUCUGCCUAUACUGGUUGGACUGGUAUUGCCCUUUUAUAUCUGCAACUGUACCGCGUCACAAAAAACCAGAGCCAUUUGCAGCGAUCUCUUGAUUAUGUGAAGAGAAUCCUUCGCAAUCUGAAUGGCAGAAGAGUUACUUUCCUCUGUGGUGAUGCUGGGCCACUGGCAGUAGGUGCAGUGGUUUAUCACAAGCUGAAAAAUGACAGUGAAUCUAAAGAAUGUGUUUCCAAGCUGUUACAGCUCCAAAGGACAGUUGUAAGCACAGAUGCUGAACUUCCAGACGAGCUGCUUUAUGGCAGAGCAGGUUACCUAUACGCCUUGCUGUACCUGAAUACUGAAAUUGGUCCUGACACUGUCCCACAGUCAGUUAUCAAAGAGGUAAUAGAUGCUAUUAUUGAAUCGGGGAAAAAUUUUUCGAAGGAGGAGCGGAAAACAGAGCGUUGCCCUCUUUUGUACCAGUGGCACAGGAAGCAAUAUGUUGGAGCAGCCCACGGUGUGGCUGGGAUCUAUUACAUGCUCAUGCAGCCAAUUGCAAAUGUGGACCAGGAGACCCUGGCAGAGCUGGUGAAGCCAAGCAUUGACUAUGUGCGUCAUAAAAAAUUCAGAUCUGGGAAUUACCCAUCGUCGCUGAGCAAUGAGACUGACAGACUGGUUCACUGGUGCCAUGGUGCCCCCGGAGUCAUCCACAUGCUCAUGCAAGCUUAUAAGACUUUCAAAGAGGAUAAAUAUUUGAAAGAUGCUAUGGAUUGUAGCGAUGUCAUCUGGCAGAGAGGUUUAUUGAGAAAAGGAUAUGGGAUCUGCCAUGGUACUGCUGGCAAUGGCUACUCCUUCUUGUCUCUCUAUAACCUAACUCAGGACAAAAAGUACCUCUACCGAGCUUGCAAGUUUGCUGAAUGGUGUUUGGAGUAUGGUGCACAUGGAUGUCGUAUUCCUGACCGACCUUACUCUCUCUUUGAAGGCAUGGCUGGAGCUAUUCACUUCCUCUCAGAUAUUUCAGUACCGGAGACUUCCCAGUUUCCAGCAUUUGAACUCGGACCUCAAAGGAGGGAAAACAAAGUGGAACAGGACAGCUAAAAGAUCAUUUUGAAAGGAAACUGAUGCCAAAAGAGAUGAGACUGUCUAGUGCCUCAGAUACUGAACCAACUCAACUCUGAACCAACGGAUGGAUAAACCCCUUUUCUCACCCCGCCCUGGCCCAAAGGACCAUGAAGUCAUUAGAGCAUGAAUGGGAGAAGCCACACAUAAACUUGAACAAGUGACACGUUCAGAUGUAGGACAAGAGAAGUCAAGUCUUGAACUUUCUCUUUUCCGUUGUAUUUGUCUUCUUCAGGUCUUUGACAUGCUCUGCAUGUUUAUUGGUGUUGUGUGUUGAUCUGAGUCUUUCGUUGUUAGCAAAAAGCUGGUCUCUGUGUGAAUCUCCGUCCUGUACCUUCAUGCAUGACUCACAACAGUAGUGUUGCUUUCUGCAGCGUGGUUACUCAGAGAGUUCCACCUUAUGCCAGAGAGUUCACUGCAGGAUGGUGCCCAGCUCCACUGGUGCACUUUAAAGAGAUGAAAAAUCAUUUUUACGUUCAUGUUUUUCUGCUUUUUUUCCCCACAGUCCCUAGAAGCUAAGUUGGUGGAGAUCAGCCUUUUUUGAUAAAGAGAUACAAGGCCACCUCUCUUUUCAGAAACUUAGCAGGUUGGAAGGGGCCUUGACUUACCUGUCACUGCUGUUGUGGGAGGUUUUUUUGAAAGCCUGAAAGAGAGGCACCCUUUGAUACCUGCACCUGGUUAGCAUGUUAGGCACUUACAGCAGGGUGGAGACGCUUGUUCCCACCUCUGCAAAGCCCCAUCCCAUGGCAUGAGCUUACACUGCUGCUGGAGUCACCUCUACUAACCUCCUGCUGCCACCAGCAGCACGGCAGGGACACCCUAACUGUGCUUCUCCUCUCCUCUCCGUGGAUUUGUAAUAAACCUGUCCUGCAGCAUCUAGUAUACAAAUAAGUAAGGGAGGGAAUCGGGGCCGUUUCUCAUGCCAGUAACUCAGUAUGACUGUUGCUUCUGAAGCAAGGCGUGAUUUGUUCUGGGCCCUUCCCUCCCUCUCCAAGCCCCGCUGCAUUUAGCCCGUGUAGUAUGACAGGAGCGAUAAAUACCAGCUGCUUGUGGAGGCUGCAGAAGAUUAAUGAGCAAUAUGAAACCAUUUCUGGGGGCUGUAACUGAAGUUUAUUUCAUCUUCAAAUCCAAACAGAAAAGGCCCUUUGCCCUUAGUUUUAACUGUGCUGCUAGUGCUUUGCUUCUCCUUGUAGUGUGGUGGGUUGUGAAAUGCUAAACCUGCCUCCUGGUGCUCUUGAGUAUCAGGCUCUCAGUUUGGGAGGAGAAGUGGGGACACACUCUGAGUACACUUACAGCAGGCUUACGCGUUGGAGACGGUGUGUGCUUACUGCUUGGGGAAGGAAAGGAAGUGCAGCACGCUCACUCAGGCUCUGUUGUCAUCCUUCCCCCAGGUCUCCCUGUGCUCUGUCAUUCCAGGUGUUUAUUUUAAUUGAUAUCUUCUGCCGGGCGUGAGUGUGACAGACGGCAGAGGGUUUGACUUUCGAGUGCACGCCGGGAUACCUGUGACCUGCAGGCCAUCUGCCGAGCACCGCUGUUUGCAGGCAGGCUCAGGGAUGCCUUGUGCUCCUGCAUAAAUCUCUGAGUGGUAGCAGGUAACUUCUGUGAACUUCAUCGUGUCUGCUGCCAAAUCCACUGGGAUGUUCAUAAUCCCCACGUUCAGUUCUGCUGGGCAACAGCAGCAGGGACAGUGUAAUGGCACCGUGUAGCUCCUCUGCUGCCUCAUCACCUCGGACUAAAACACAGGGGGCAGUAGGAGGGACUUUUCCACCCCUCUGGCAAAGGGCAGGAGAUGAGGUGGGGGGCACUGAACCUAGCUGCAUCUCUACAGCCAGGGAUGGGGGAAGAUGCAGAGAGGCAGCGGGAGUGAGGGAUGCUGCACAGUGGGGCGAAGCAAACCGGAGCAGAGGGAUGGGUGAGGCGGGGGAGACCUGAUGACGGGGGGGCAAUACCCAGAGCACACCGGUAGAGGUCACCUCGAGUGAGCUGUUCUCCAUCUGACUCCCUGUUUUCUCUCUUCAGCCUGUGGAUCGCUGAUCCUGCCCGUAGAUGAGCCAGGGAGGAAGCUUGCCCAGGCUGAACUCACAGAAAUUCUAACAGAGGAGCUCGAUGGCAGCUCUGAUCUUGUUGCACAUCGCCCCCACCCCUUUUUUUCCUUUCCCUCCGCUGUGACUGCAGAGCCUGUGGGGUGGGUUAACAGGGGUGGCUUGCCAGGUUUGCAGGAACUGCCUGCAAACACAGAACAGAAGCCACAGGCCUUCUUGGCAAACUCCAUGUGUGUGUUGUGCUGACUGCUUAAUUAGGGGGUCAACAGGCAGGUUUUUCCAUUCAGUGGUUAUAUUCAUGUAUGUCUUUUUGGCUGCUGAGCUUUCAAUGGCACCUGUGGGAGGUGAUUUUGGCUGGCUGGAGCCCGGGGAGAAUUAAAACUUGCUGGUUUAAUAAAAUAUAUAGGUAUAUACACACUUAGCUUAAUACUGAGCAGAUCUCCCAAGAUCUAUUGAAAUAAUGAGCAAGUCAGCUACCAGCUCUUUCUGUACCAUAGCCAGCCUUCUGCUGCAGUGGAUCCUGGAUUCUCCACAGAAUCCUCUUGGAAUUGAGCAGGACUGGAAACUUAUUAAGUUGGGAAGCAUCUGACAGUGCGUCUGCCUCAUCCUCCUCACGUGACUUUCCCCGUGGCUCCUCCUUUCUGUUCGUCACAGCGUUGUGAUAUUUAGGUGGCCCAUUAGGAAAGGAUAUUGUGUGAAGGUGAAAAAAUGCAUUUCACCAAGGUGUCGUUUUCAGAAAUCGCAUCAAACUAAAAAUGUGGGAAAUGUUUCAAUAUUCCCUGGUUUGCUUUGUCUGUGUGUAAUAGUCCCAUCUGUUGCAAAAAGCAGUAGUGUUAAAAAUGGAGAUGCUCUUUGGGCAGAAAAAAAGAGGAAAAAAAUGCUGAUGUUUUGUUCUUUAGCUUUAGUAGUAAAGAUCAAGCAAUGUGGUGGUAA